AAAGGGCAGGUUGAACUGCUCGAGCGCGCUUCUCUGAUAAGCUAGCGCCAUCUGCCGGCAGGAAACGUUACAUUCUGACAGGGCUUCCUUGGCAACGGCGAUCCACGCUUCCUUAGCUACGGCCUAACGUAAACAAUAGAAUGCGCUUAAUAAAGAGGAAAAUCACAACAAGUGUAGCAGGAGAGUUUAUAUUUGUAUCUUUAAAUAUGUGGUGACGCAUGUUAAAAACGUAAUGCUUCCGCUAAACUUUAUGGUGCAAAGCGUGUUAACUGAUAGGUUUAUUUCGUUAAGUUAUGGAGGGUAAAGGAAUUUGACCCGGCCAGUUCAUCCGGUGGGCUCUGGACUGAAAACAACAAUAUUUAUAUAUGGUUAUACAGGUACAUUUUUAAUGUAAAUUUGCAUGUUACUAUAACAGAAUCUAACAUUGUUGCUGUGCAAUUUUAAAGUCAACUGGAUACGGUAAACGUUUGUGAACAAACAAGUUAUGUUGGCUUGAAAAAGCUUAGUCUGAAAGUUUCAUAUAGUUUUAAGUAUAGUAGUCUGUGAUUGAUAGAUAGAUAUAUACGUUUGUAUAAAUUUUAUUAGGGAAUGUCUAAUUGGUUGCAUGUCUUACAAUAAUACUUAUUUAAAUAAUAGUUUUUAAAGCCAUCAUGACACAAAGAGAGCAGCGGAGACUAAAUCCAGAUGAAGAAAUUAUAAAAGAGCUGUGUGUGUCCAAUGGAGUAUCCUAUGAGGAGGUGUCUCAAGAAGGGAGUAAGAUCGUGGACCUAGAGAUGUUUUUCUCUGGGUUUCCACGUAUGGUGGGUCUCUCUCUCUUUCCUAGACUAUCCAGGCUCACCAUCGUAGGCCAGACCAUCAGCGUAAUCCAGGGCCUGGAGUACUGCCCACUUCUCAAGGCAUUAUGGGUGGUGGAGUGCAGGUUAAAUGAGAUUUCGGGCUUACAGAACUGUCUGCAACUACAAAAGUUAUAUCUGUAUGACAACAACAUCCAGCAUAUCACAAAUCUAGAGAUGCUGGUCAACCUUCAUGUUCUGUGGCUCAAUAAGAACCAGAUCUCUGAAAUACAGGGAUUGAGUUCACUUGUAAAUCUUGAGGAGCUGCAUCUUGCUGAUAAUGCUAUCGAGACACUUGGUCAUAGCCUGGAUCCAAACACCAGUCUCCAAAACCUAAACCUCUCAGGAAAUAAAAUCAGUUCUUUUAAGGAGCUGACCCAUCUCACUCGGCUGUCCCAACUGAGAGAACUGAGUCUGACAGACCCUCAGUCCAGUCCAAACCCAGUGUGUCUUCUCUAUAAUUACUACACACACGUCCUGUAUCACAUGCCGCACCUGCAACGUCUGGACACGUAUGAUGUUUCAAUGAAACAUCUCAAAGAUGCAGCGGAGUCUACAGUGCUAAAGAAGAUGAUGUAUUACACCAUGCGGGGACGAUGUGCUCAACGACAGUUUGAUGAACUCAAAGCCAAGCUCAGACAGCACAAAAAAGAUCAAAUACAACUACCAGAGGAGAGAAUAUGGGUGCUAACACACAUGCUCAGAAAUUUGAAGUGUGAGCUGUCAAAUAUACAGGGAGAUGGCAAGAAGUCAGGUGAACCUGAGGACUCUGAUGUUUGCUCUGACCGUGAGCAGAAACUCCAGUGCAAACUGGAUGCUGUCAGAGACCGACUGCAGAUCUGGGAACAGCGUUUGAAGAAGGUAGAGGCGUGUUACCAGUGUGAUCUGGCUUUGGCUUCGGACAGGAAGGAGAUGAUGGCGCAUCUCCUAUUGUUGGAGCUGGAAACCGUGGGAAAUAUUCGGUUUGAGGAGGGAAACACAAAUGAUCCUUGGUUCACCUCCUGUUAUGAUCUCCUGCUGUCUCGUUUCUGCGCGUGGGAUUACAAAACUCACCACAUCAAUGGCAUUAAGAUCAAUCGUAUCAUCCGGAUCCAUAACCAAGCCCUGCGGCUGCGCUUCCAGGACAAAUUGCAUUCUCUCAAUAUGGAGUCUUCAGCCACCUCACAGAACUACAAGCGCCAUACAGAGUAUCUGUUCUACGUGCCUGAUCCAGAGCAUUCCUGCGAGAGCGAUGAGAUACUCCACAUCGCAGAAACUGGUUUUAAAACCGCUGAUGAAUAUAAGGGGUUUGGCAGAGAGAGAGCUGUUCCUCUCUCUAACAGUGUGAGCGUGUGUGACAGACUGCGGAUGACAUUCCUCCAGAAAACAUCAGAUUGUAACCCUGCCGACCUGCUUCCCUUCAGACAUGGUCAGUUGAUCAUUUCUAAAGUGUUCCUGGGCCGCAAUGCUGCAGUAAAGGAGGAAGUCCCAAUAGAUUGUAAAUAUUACCCAAGAGCAAACUCUGUUUACCUGAGUACCAACUCAAAACAACACACAGCACUAACAGCCCCUGACUGUGACUGUAGACAGAGGCAGAAACUGUGGUACGUCUUUGAUCAUGAACUGGUGCUUCCAGAAUACCUUGUGGACUUUGAAUAUAUCACACAGGACACACCUGAGCUCUCCUCUUCUUCAGACUCCUCCUCUGUUACACAUUUUUCCACUGCUGUUGCCUCAUCUGAGUCCCGUGCUGAGCUGGACCUGGAUGAGGAGGCAUUCAACAUGGAACCCAUCCUGAAACCCCACCCUAAGAUGCUCAAUCUAGAAGAGCAAUCUAUACUGACUGUGGCCAGAGCAAAUGUGCUCAGUCAGAUCACAGUGCUGAAUCUACAUGGCAACAGUCUGAAUAAACUGUCAGAGAUUUCUCGACUCACGGCUCUGCAGCGUCUCACCCUCAGCUUUAAUGACUUAACUCGUCUGGGAGAUAUUUCACACAUGCCAAAUCUGGAAUAUCUCGACGUUAGUUUUAAUCGUAUUUCAACUCUGGAGGGUCUGCGUGGAUUUAGCCGACUGAAAGAACUGGAUCUUCGCUGGAAUCAGUUGACACACGUCAGGGAUGACAUGAAUGUGUUGCGAAAACACACCCCAGCUCUCCUCCGCCUGGACACACGACAUAAUCCAUGGCACAGGCAUGAGUGUGUGCGUAUGGUGAUUCUCGGUCGGCUGAAGACCCUCACUCAUCUGGAUGACAUUUUAGUGAUGGAGGAGGAGGCGGCUGCCGCGGCUCAAAUGGCUGCCCGAUCCAGAAUAAACCAGGCAUCUCUGGUCGCCCACUCUUGGACUGAUAAUGAACGACCGCGCAGUCUGAGUUUGCUGUCUUCUGUUCACCUACUCACACAGAUGAGCCCGUCUCCAUGGAAACACCCCCAUGAGCUUGAGCCAGGCUGGACUGCCAAAAUCACAGCACUGAAUCUGGAUGGUCAGCAGUUGACACGACUCAGUAAUCUAGACCAGCUGGUAAAUCUACGCUGGGCUUCAUUUGACAAUAAUGAGUUAUCACAUAUUGAGGGUCUGGAGCACUGGCCUCUACUGGAGGAACUUUCACUUAACUGCAACAAUAUAAGCAGAUUGGAAGUUUCGUGUACGCUGCAAAGACUGACGCGUCUCAGCAUUAACAGCAACCACCUACAGUGUUUAGACGGGGAUGUGUUAGACCGGCUGCCCAACCUUCACUUCCUGUCUGUUGAGGACAACAUCAUCUCCUCUCUUCAUGGACUUCAAAGGUCACGCUUAUUAUUCGAGCUAUACAUCGGCAACAAUGACAUAAGCACCAUCCGUGAAAUCUACCAUUUAAAGACACUUUCCAGUUUAAUCAUUCUGGAUCUGUAUGGAAACCUCCUGGUGAACAAACUGGAGAACUACAGGAUCUACAUGGUGUUCCACCUGCCUUCUCUCAGAGCACUGGAUGGAGUGGCUGUGGAGGUGUGCGAGUCAGAAGCUGCCAAAGAUGUGUUUGAAGGGCGACUUACUGCAGAUAUGGUGGCUGAGAAACUGGGACACACUAACUACAGAGAGCUAUCAGAGCUCAAUCUGCAGUCCAGCUCAAUCAGGACGGUGGAUCUGGCUCCUGCUGAUUUGUUUGGUAAUUUGCGCAGUAUUAAUCUAGAACACAAUAACCUCACUUCAUUCGGUGGUCUCAUCUUCCUGCCCAAUAUCAAGGUGUUGUUUCUGAACUACAACCACAUUGAGUCCAUUCUGCCACGUCAAAAAGUACAGAGUCACAUGAGCAACAAGCAGAUUCUUCAUCAUAAAGUCACUUCCAGUGGCUAUGGGCAGCAGAACAGCAGGCUCAGCAGAGAAGGAGAAUCCCAUGAUAAUCAGGAGCCUCUGAUGCCUAGUUUAGAAGUUCUGCAUCUAGGUCAUAACGGUAUUUCCAGCCUGUUGACUUUACAGCUGAGCCGACUGACUAACCUAAGAGCACUGUUCCUACAAGGAAAUGAUAUUAGUCACGUGGACAGACUGGAGGGUCUCCUGAGGCUACGUGAGUUGGUUCUGGAUCGAAAUCGAAUCAAGUCUUUGAAUGAGAACUCGUUCCGCGGACAGGAGGUUCUGGUGGACCUGCGUCUGGCAGAGAAUCGCAUACGCGAACUGAAUCACCUGCAGCCGCUCACAGGGCUCAGAAGACUGUUUUUAGACAUGAACAAAAUACAGGAUGUUUCAGAACUGGAGAAACUGGAGGUUCUCCCUUCCCUCAUAGAACUGUCUGUAGUUGGCAACCCAGUGUCACGGAGGUCCCUCCACAGGCAAGCAGUGGUAUUGCAUCUGUCUAGACUGCAGGUUCUGGAUGAUAUCACCAUCACCCUGGAGGAAAGAACCAGAGCAGAGCUUUUAUCCAAUGAAGCACAGGGUUCUAGCUCAGGUGCUGCUGAUAUGACUUUACCAGGUCUGGUACCAUUGAUGACCCGACCAGUUCCUUUAAGACGUACCAGCCUGAAUCCAGGAAUACACACACUUAUAACUGAUCAGCAACAAGACACACAUGAUGUAGGCAGAUAUAAGAAGCAGAGAGGAGGUGUCUCUCUCCUGCGUGGCCUUCAGAAUGAUGUGAGCAUCAGGCAGAUCAGAGGAGCUUCUAGCCAUUACCCAACAGUACUGCAGCCGGCCGGACACAGAGUUUUCUCUAUUUCUCCUAACAGUGAUCUUGACAGCAGGUACCAGUUUUAUGGCGGUCCCAGACCUAAACCUCCUCUGUAACUGCAGGACCAUAGUGACACACUGUGUGUGCAUGUUUGGUCGUGUGUUCUUCACACAAAAUUUCUUAGAUCUAUGGAUCUUAUGUUGAAGUUAUGUUUAUUCAUAUUUAAAAUAUGUUUAUUAAAUGUGAAUAUCAUAAAGAUAUUCAAUGUUUAUUUCUCUGAAUGGUGUCUUUUAUCUUAAGGUUAGAGAAGAUUUAGUCAAAGUUUCUAAACUCGACUAUUAAAGGGAUAGUUCACACAAAAAUCAAAAUUCUUUCAUCAUUUCCCUAAUGUAUUUCCAUUCGGUCUGAUUGACUUUUUUCUGCAAAGGACAAAAGAAGAUAUUUUGAAAAACAUUGGAAACCAAACAACACAGUCCCCAUUGACUUCCAUUGUAUGGACACAAAACCACAUUGAGACAUUUCACAUUAAAAAACAUCUUUUUUGUUCCACAAAAGAUAAUCACACAGGUUUUGAAUGACAUAAGAGUGAUGAAAUUAUGACAAAAUAUUUAUUUGGUGAACUACAACCCUUUAAUGGUCUCAAUAAUAAUAGUUUCACAUUUUUUCACGCAUCUCACUCACUACAUAAAUACUGAGACUUUAUUAAUAAUGAUGUUUUGAAAUAUAUAUUUUUUAUAAAUACAAAAAUGAUAUUACUGUUGGUUUGGGGGAAAAAACAUGAAUGUGCAUGAUUGUAGUAAUGACUGAAGAAGAGCACGGGGCCUUACACAGCCACUAAACAUUUAUGUGUAUUAUUUUUUUAGGACAAGCACAUCAAUCACACAUUUCUAAGUUUUGCUAUCAGCUUUUCUUCAGCGAGUAUAAGCCCAUUUCGAGCUCUCUGAGGUGGAAGAGUUCUUGUUACAGCUCUAGCAAACAGUGAUUUGUGUCAGACUGUGACACUGAAAAGAGAGCAGAGGUUUUUGCCUGUUUUUUUUAGUGGCCUGUAUUAUGAGGGCAGUUUAACAGCACAACUGAAUCUCCACUGUUUGGCGAAAUUCAAAGGCAAUCACACACAUAAUGUGUUCAGUAAAAACCUGUCAUCAAAGCACAGGGUAAUUCUCUUAAUGUUUUCCUCUGGAACAUAACGGUGAAGGGUUGGCAAGGGGGUGAAACGGAGAGAACUUAAACUGCCAGAAUGAAAAGAUACAUUAAAAUGUGAAGAAAAUGAGAAAGGAAAGGCGGAGUAAAUUCUUUUGAAUUCCUGCUGUGUAAAUAACACAGAGCUCAGUGUGUUGUCCAAGCUCCGUUUAAUGGAAGUCAGAGACAGUUUACUCCUCACUGGUUGAUCUGUCUCUUCAUAUGCAGAGAUGUGUGUGUUAACAGUAAUGAUAGUGGAAUUCACAUCUUUUCUCAUCUUCUGAGAUCUGUCCUUUCAUCUAUGGAUCCUGACACAUAUCAUCUAUCUUUCUUUCAUCCAUCUAUCCAUCCAUAGAUACACUACAUACUGUACAUACAUGUACAGUAUAUCUACAGUAAAUCCAUUCAUUCUUCAUAUCAUCCAUCCACCCAUGCAGACUUUAAAUAUAUAUAUAUAUGUACAUACAUACUGUACAUAUCCAUACAGUCUAUCUAUCCAUCCAUACAGUUCAUCCAUCUACAUAGACCUACUGUACAUACACCCAUACAGGCCAUCUACCCAUUCACACUGUACAUAUACUAUAUUGGGUAUACGUAUAUUGUGGGUGUUUUGUGUAUAUAUACCACUUCGGAAGACAUAAACAAUGGUGGUCCAAUGAUGGUCCAGAAGAACCAUAUGUUUCAUUUUUUUCUCCCUACCCAAAUGUUUGAACAAAACACAACAGAACAUUUAUAACUGAAUCAAAAUGGUAAACUAAUAUCUUUAAGAUUUAAUUAUGUGACAUUAAAAAAAGAACUAAAACUACUAAAACAGGAAGGUUUCUGGUCCAGUGUUUACAUAUUAUAAGUGGUCUAUAGUGUGUAAACUACAAUGUUCAAUUUUGUUUUGUAAAAAUUUUUUCAUGUGUAUAUUCUGUACUACAUGUUAUGCAUAUACUUUGUCUUGCGUAUAUUUUGUAUAUUAUUGUAUUUUAUGUACACUUUCACUCACCACUGCACUUCUGUGGUUU